CUUCCCAUUGGCCGCCGACCAGAAAGCAGACAUCCGGUUUGCGGUUCCGCCUGCUGGAGGCGGAGGCCGCAAUGGUGCGGUUCAAGCACAGGUACCUGCUCUGUGAAGUGGUGUCUGACGACCCCCGCUGCCGCCUGAGUCUGGAGGACCGAGUGCUGGGCGGCCUGGUACGGGACACGAUUGCCCGCGUGCACGGGACUUUCGGCGCGGCCGCCUGCUCCAUCGGCUUCGCGGUGCGAUACCUCAAUGCCUAUACUGGAAUAGUGCUACUUCGAUGCAGGAAGGAAUUCUACCGGCUUGUGUGGUCAGCUCUUCCCUUUAUCACAUACUUGGAGAACAAAGGACACCAUUACCCGUGUUUUCUCAACACCUUACACGUGGGAGGUACAAUCAGAACAUGUCAGAAGUUCCUGAUUCAGUACAACAGGAGACAGCUGUUGAUCCUGUUGCAGAACUGCACUGAUGAAGGAGAACGAGAGGCUAUCCAGAAGUCUGUCACAAGAAGCUGUUUACUAGAGGAGUCGUCGGCUGGGGAGGAGCUUUCAGACAGUGGUGGUGAGGAGGCUGCUGAGGCAAUGGAGUGAACCUCUACAGACUGCCCUGUGCCCCAGCCUCAGGGCCCACUUGUUGGGACAGGACAUUCUGGGAGGCAGCAGCAUCUUCUGUACUUCUCAAACAGGAUGAUUGCUGACCAGAGGCCAAGUGACCAGCUCAAAAUGGACUUAUUUGCUUAAAACUAAUCGAAGUCACCUUUACCCAGCAUUGCCUGGUUAAGUGGUUCUGGAGGUUGUGAAGCCCCUGGAGUUAUAGACAUCUUUGUAUCUAACUGCCUGGCUGAGAGCAGGUUUAAUAAAUGUAUUUGGCUUCUGUAGUAUUUAGUGCGCAUGUGAA